AUGUUUCGAUGCCGCGGGAAGAUCCCGGUCACGUGGGGGAGUUUCUUUUCUUUUUUGACGUCCGCUCUUUUUUUGAAAGACGACAAAAGGACACGAUUAAACACAGGCAGCAAAAAAGAUACUUGGAGAACGACAGUUCAGUUGACGGUCGACAGCAUACUACGGACGGGGAUGGGAGAGCGUGCGCUAGGCGUGAUGUACACGGGAGAGUGUCCAGGGCGCAGGUUGGGCCGCGGACCACGGACUGAGACGACGCCGGGCGCGGCAGGGCUCUUAGUGCAGCAGCUAGCUAGGCCUUGGACCCGCGAGCGUUGA